GAGAUUGUGUGUUUCGAUCGUCUUUGAGCCACGGAAUUCGCCGGAUGUCGUUGGACUGCGUAACGCGAUCAAGGGAGGGUGGACCAGAGAACGCGACGAGUCGGAAUCCGCGAUUGGGCCGCUUCCAAACAGAACAAAAGGCCGUUCUAUAACCACGACAGGCUUAUAUGAUGGCCAACGAAACGAUACAGGGGCCGUACAGAACAACGUUACCAGUUCCCGGUCACUCGGAAGUGAAUCUCUGUUCAGUGUUAUCGCUGGGCAAGGACCUAAGCAAAAUCGCCAUGCCGGUCAUAUUCAACGAACCGCUUUCCUUCCUCCAACGCGUCGCUGAAUACAUGGAGUACGCCAAGUUGCUCAAGAAAGCGUCCCAAGAGGAAACUCCCAUCGGAAGGAUGCAGUACGUUGCUGCUUUUGCUGUCAGCGCUUUGGCGUCAAAUUGGGAGAGACUUGGCAAACCUUUCAAUCCUAUACUAGGGGAGACCUACGAGCUUCAGCGCGAGGACUUCCGGAUAGUCUGCGAGCAAGUGUCGCAUCACCCGCCGGUAUCUGCUUUCCAUGCAGACGGCGAGGAGUUUCUUUUCCACGGGAGUAUACACCCGAAAUUAAAAUUCUGGGGCAAAUCGAUCGAGAUCCAUCCAAAAGGCGUUGUCACCGUCGAGCUGCCCAAAUGGAAGGAAGCGUACACCUGGCAGAACAUCAACUGUAUACUUCACAACGUGCUGGUCGGCCAGCUGUGGAUGGAACAACUAGGCUUCCUCGAGAUCAAACAGAAUGGUGGGGCGAACUUAAAAGCGACGCUGUCCUUCAAAAGCGGUACCUGCAACGGAAAGGACCUUCAUCGUGUUGAAGGCUUCAUAACGGAUCAAGAUAAGAAGAAACUUUUGUACCUUCAUGGGAAAUGGACGGAGAAGAUAAAUGUCUGUGAGCCAGUGUCGUACGAGGACGCGCUGGAAAGGGUGAAACGGGAAGCGAAGAGUCCUCAAGGUAGUCCAGGCCACAAGAAAGUAUUGGCGAAGUUACACAGUCUCAAGGUUGGAGCUUUCAAGCCUUCUCACCAGGAUGCAAUUGACGAUCCAUCGGCGAGCAUAGACGGAGAAGACACACCUAUGAUCGAUGAUAUUCCCGGAUCCAUCACUCUUUGGGAAGUUGCUUCGAGGCCGCCCAAUAGUUCAGAGUAUUACCAAUUCACAACAUUCGCGAUGUCCCUAAACGAAAUGACACCGGAAAUGGAAAAGCUGUUGUGUCCGACGGACUCCAGAUUGAGGCCGGAUAUUAGAAAAUUGGAGAACGGAGAUCAAGACGGAGCUGCGGUGGAAAAAGCCAGGCUCGAAGAGAAGCAACGGGAGACGCGUAAAUCACGAAAGCACAAGAAGGGUCGCGAAUGGACGCCCAGGUGGUUCCGAUUAGAAAUCAACCCUUACACUGGUCAAGAGGACUGGAUGUACCAAGGUGGCUAUUGGGAUCGCAACUACGGUAACAUGGAAGAUCUAUUUUAA